UGUUGGGCCCUUGAAUGCGGCGCUUAACCUGGCAUUACUUUGCCCUGGGCAUCAUAGUCGUGUGGUGGGUACAGCAACGCACCGUGUCAGUGCGCGGUCCUUACCUCAGCAUGAUGUUGUUUCCAUCCUGUACUCCAACUUCAAUAGCAAGCUGUACCCAAAGCCCACACACACACACACACACACACACACAUACCCCCAGCUCAGCAAAAUGGGAUUAUGUCAACAUGGCUGCCUGUUUCCUGGUAGCCGGCACGGUGCCGGGGGGGGUUGGAUUCCAUUGACAAUGAGGUCUUAUUGCCAUCGUCACUCGUGGGGGGGCUGCCAGCCAGCCCUGAAAUCACUACAACGCACAUUAGACUGACUGAUGGGAUUAUUUUAUUGCCAAACUUACAUCUCCACUCUCUGUUACUGACCACAAGAAAUCAGACCUUGUUCAGUCUCAGUCUUUUUUUUUUAUAAUUAUUAAUCUGAUAAUUUUAUUAUAGCUGUUACUGUGAUUGGUGUUAUUAGGACAGACCAUUAAACACUUAAGCCCUCCAAUUUCUACAUUAGGAGCACUAAAUGGUGUUGUCAGACCUAUAUAACUUUUCCCUGAGCUAAAAACAGCACAGAGAUUUGCCUGUGCUUUGCGAUAUUAUAACGCCCCUCUGAGUCCAUGAAAAAGGCUCUCUGAAGUCAGAUGUCUGUAGUUCCUCCAGGCCAGUGUCCCGAUGCCUUGUGAAUCCUCCUUGGUUUAUGACUGAGAUGGUCACAGACGUGCAUAAGAUGGUUGUAGGAGGCUUUUGGCUGGUUUAAGAGCGAGAAAAGCGUGCGACAGUGCCUUUAAUGGCUGUAGGAAUGUGUUUUUUUCUAGGGGGCAUCUGUUCUCCAGCUGGACCAAGUCUCCAGACUUCUGAAGUAUACCAGAGGAGGUGCAGGCUUGUCCUCCCAUAACCUCACAGGACCUUACUGUGACUUAAUGCUGCCAUUGGGAUCACUGUCUGCUUAAAACCUGGUGUGUCCAUCAUAAACUUGUAAGGGUUCGCAUUUUUUCUUCAGUUACUUAGAAUGUGAUCAUGUGAUCAUGUGAUCAUACUGCUAGCUUCAUUGUUAGCAAUGGGAGCAUGGAGCAGUGUAAACAUACACACCUCAUCUGAAUCAAUUAGAAUAGAUUUUAUCGUGGGGGGGAGGGUUGGUGUUUGUAAAUUGUCGUGUAAAUGAAGCAUAUGGAGCUUACCUGCUUGAGUGCACGACUCUGCCAACAAACUACUUUUAUGUACUUGUUUUGAUGAUUUAAAAAUAGCACAAUUUUUUUUGUUUGGAUGAACAUUUGGAUGUCCUGUAAAAUGAUGGUUGUUGAUUUGGGGCUUAAUGUUUGUGUUGCUGGCCUGGUGACUGUCAUCCUGGCAAUCUGGGUGGAAAUGUUCCCUAGUGAUUUCAUGACAUUACCUGUCAUGAUCUCCCCCAGUAUAAAGGACUGAGGGGACAGGCAUGGUGGACAAACAGAAAGAGUUUUAUUGAACUUGGAGAAUAGAGAUUGGAAAUAAACGGGAUUCUUGGGGGAUCAAAACAGGAGGAACUGGGCACAGGCAACAAGAUGGCAUGACGUCAGUUACUGGACUAGUGAGGACAAGAGAAACAGGUACUGAAAUACAUAAACUAAUGCGGGCCGAGAAGCGUUAGGUGUGGCCCAUCAGAGUGAGGCAGAGAGCGGCCAAUCGGAGUGAAGCAGAGAGAGCCGACGGCCAAUCGCAGUGAAGGGAGCAUGGCCUAUCAGAGCCACGUGAGGGAGGAGACAGGAGGGCCGGGUGGAUGUGGUGGGCAGGACGUGACAUUACCAGUGACAGGGGCUCCCAGAAUGAUUUUUAAGGGAACUCUGAGGUUCAUGCUAAUGCAAUUUUUUGGCAAGGGUGGGGAGGAGAUUUGUCAUAGCUGCUUGGACGGGCUUUUUCAUAUGUGUUUCCUGUUGGUUGAAUUGAUCAAGAUGUAGAUUUGGGUAUGGGUGGAACGCCCAUGUCCCUACCAGUACUGUCAGAGUACUGUGAAUGUUUACAGGUGGCUGAUUUGGCCCCUACUAUUGUUGAAACCCAACCUACACCCUUGGUCAGUACCAUCAUCCAAAGUCCAUAUCCUUAAUCGACUUGGUACCCUCUGCCCUCAUGAACAGUUUCUCGGUUCCAUUGCAGGUCACAGGGUCUGUUUAUAUUAAAAUAGCACCACUUUAGUUCAGAACAUCAUUCACUUCAUUCAUCAUGACCCUCCACACCGUGACAACUUGUAUCAAUGAGGUCAUGCGGUUUCAAUGAACCGCCACGCCGUCCAUAACGUCCAGCCUACAAUGAUGACAAAUUCAGUUACGCAAAUGAACCGUGUCCGAUUCAGUUUAAGUCUGUGCAGUGUGUUCAUUCAGUUCUGACUCCAGGACCGGGUGUUAACGCUGCAGCUCCGAUUCGGUUCCGGGCGCCCGUUUUGGCACGGAACCCAGUCCAAUCCUUAUGGUGACUCGUGAGACGGGGCGGCGGGGGGGAUGUCGACUGCUCUGUGGGGACGGAAGAGGGAAGGCGAAAGAAUGCCAGCGGCACGUGAGCAAAGCAGUUUCAGCGAGUCUCCGGCCGCUUUGUGAAAAGACUAUUGUUCCAGAAAGGAUCACAGUGAUCUAUGCUCUGCGGGAUGCCAGCAGCGUGUUUUUCCCCUCUCUCUCUCGCUUUCUUUUUAUUUUCUCGUGGCCUCUGAUUGGCUGUCGUCAUGUUGCCCUUUUGGAGCUGUGGGCCAGGCAGGGUCACGGGCCAGAUCAGUGACAGUGGGGAUAUUUCGAAAGGUGGACCGUCAGAGGAAAUGUCUGCGUAGAAGCAGUCUUUGGGACUUUGCGAUGGAGGAAAGGCCGCCUCUUCACAAGUCAAGCUCAGAAGAUGGAUCUGGAGGGAAAUGGGACAGUAAAAAGAAGAACAAGUCGUUUUGGCAGAAUUUCAGGAAACUGCAGAAGCGAUCGACGAUGCCGACAUCGAAAGGAGAAGACAUUGGCUUCCUGGCCAGCGAGAUCACCAUGAGCGAUGAAGAGAGAAUCCAGCUGAUGAUGAUGGUGAAGGAGAGGAUGAUCACUGUGGAGGAGGCUCUGGCACGGCUGAAGGAGUUUGAGACCCAGACCAGACUAUCCAGCAGUUCUGACAAUGUAGUGAGGACUGAUGGAUCCAGUCCCAGUGUAAAGGAAGCCACAAACUUCAGUCAGUCCAGGGAACAGUCAGACGACGAGCUGGACGACUGCGUCAAGUUCAGGCGGCUGCAUAAGCUAGUCAACUCAACCCGUAGGGUGAAGAAGAAACUGAUCAAGGUAGAGGAUGGGAAAAAGUCAACAUCGGAAGAGCGUUCAAGCUUUGAGGCCUUGCCAGCAUGUGAAGACAGUGCAGCCCUGUACACCGAUGUGGUGAAGAUUCCCGGAAGACCGGUGGACGGCUCCUCGCCUGCCCUGGUCCGCGGGCUGCUCUUCAGGGAGGGCGACCCACAAAUCCAGACAGCCUCCCCCUCCACUGGCAACCCAGAAGCCCGGAGCAAGCGGCCGGGCCCCCUCCUGUUGAGGUCCAGCAGCAGCCAGUCCCUCGUCCACCCAGGAACCGCGGAUGGGGGCGGCAUCCAGGACUCCCCCCUAGCCGAGGCAAAGGCCGGGAGGAGGGAAGAGUCCAAAGUCUCCCGCUCCAUGACCGACAGCGAGAUGCACAGGGCCCAUGGAUCUCCAGCCCACGGGAGAACCUGCAGUUUUGGAGGAUUUGACCUUUCGAACCGUUCCCUCCACGUGGCCCAGAGUCGAGACUCGAGCAAAGAGAGAGAUUGCAGUCCCCGGGAGGGGAUGAAGUCUCCGGCAACCCCUCGGACCUCCCUGGGCAAGAAGGUGAAGUCGGUGAAGGAAACCAUGAAGAAACGCAUCUCCAAGAAGCACAGCGGCUCCGUGUCCGAGCAGUUAAGCCCUGAAGGGACGCUUAGCUCGCCCCAGUCCCCUCAGCUCAGCGCUAAUGCUGCGGAGAAGCCCAAGCUGAAGGCUGGGGGCUCUGUGGAGAGCCUGCGUAGCUCACUCAGCGGACAGAGCUCCAUGAGCGGACAGACGGUGAGUACCACCGACUCCACAGCCAGCAACAGGGAGAGCGUGAAGUCCGAGGACGGCGACGAGGAAGAGCUUCCUUACAGGGGGCCUUUCUGCGGCCGGGCACGAGUGCACACUGACUUCACGCCCAGCCCCUACGACACGGACUCCCUCAAGCUCAAGAGAGGUGACGUCAUCGACAUCAUAAGCAAGCCCCCGAUGGGCACAUGGAUGGGCCUGCUGAACAACAAGGUGGGAUCCUUUAAGUUCAUCUACGUGGACGUGCUGAGUGAGGAGGCGGAGAAGCCCAAGAGGCCCAGGAGGACCAAGCGGAAGGGCCGACCACCCAAGCCCACCUCCGUGGAGGAGCUUCUGCAGCAAGUCAACCUCAAGGAGUAUAUGGCUACUUUCCUGUUCAACGGGUAUGAGGAGCUGGACACCUUUAAGCUGCUGGAGGAGGAGGACCUGAACGAGCUGAACAUUCAGGACCCGCAGCACAGAGCGGCUCUGCUGUCGGCCGUGGAGAUACUGCAGGAGGACGAUGCCAGUAACAGUGACUCAGAUCGCAUAGGCCGCUCUGGUUCCAAGGAGCAGAUCCUCUCUGAUAAGGAGGACCGGCUGGGCAGCACACCCCGAGACUCUGGCUGCUACGCCAGCAACGAGAACCUGGAGACGGGCAAGAGCAGGAAGUUGUCUCGUCUCGGCGGCUCCUCGGCCACGUACAGAUGCGACUGCCCUGCCGUCCCUGCGGUCGAUUCCGCAGAGGCUUGGCUCCAGAACAAAUCAGAACAGCUCCUCGAUAAGCAGGUGGUCAUCAAGGGUUCUGACCAGAGCCCCCCCCGUUUGCAAAAGAGCCCCUACCUGGUGGCAGUUAGCCGCAGCUGUGAAGAUCUGCACAGGCCCCUCUUUCCUGAAGGAUUGUGGGAACGCUCUCACUCUCUGGGACACCUCCAGCAGGUCCGGGGUUCCAAUAAGAGGGACUUCCAGGCUUUUGUACUCAAGCCAUUGCCGAUUUUCUGUUCGGGGGCGGAGUCCCGUACUAAGCCCCGCCCCUUCGGUCUAAGUCCGAAGAAGUCUUUAGCACCUGGGCGUUAUGCUGUGGAACAUUCCAGCAGCUCCUAUAAGGCUCCAGCACAGCCCAUAACGUCACCCCGUCCUACAGCGACCUGUACAGCAGAGGUGACCCUCCGGGCUGCACCCCUACGGACAUACCCUAAAAAGCCACCAGUACCGCCACCAGUUCCUCUCAAAAAGUCCCGGUAUAGAUCAUCCAACGGGCCCCGAGAGUCAGGCAUUCCCUCUCGAAGUCCCGCCCCACCCCCUCGCCCGACGAAACCCCGCAAGGCAGCCAGUUCCGCUGAAUGCAGCACCGAGGAGGAGGACCCCCAUCCCGCUGUGUCUCCGCCCUGGCUCUCCGACCUCCCCCAGACACGAGGGGGCAAGCCACCCUCCGGGAGGAAGAGCUGGCAUGCCAGGGCGGCUGACCUGGAGUCACUGUUAGAGGACCGGCUCGCCGUGGAGGGCAUCGACCUUACCGAGGAGCCGUACUCUGACAAGCAUGGUCGCUGCGGGAUCCCCCCAGCUCUGGCCCAGAGGUAUUCCGAAGACCUGGACCAGCCUGUGAAAGACAUCGUUUCCAGCAUGGACCAGAUUCGGGUCCAACAGCUACGCAAGCAGCAUCGCAUGGCUAUUCCACUGGGCGGCGUGACAGAGCUGGGAAAGAGAGCGCCCUCCGCAGGACAGAUUAGCACAACGGCAGACUGGCUCGUGUCCAUCGGCCUCCCCAUGUACGUCCGGAGCUUCACCCAGGCCGGGUUCACCUCCCUGGAGCAGGUCUCCUUGCUGACUGAGCCCCACGUGCUACGGCUGGGCGUGAAAGACGAACGCCACGUACAGCUGCUCCUCGUGGCGGCGAGCCUGCUGCGCACUCAGGGCGCCCAGCCGUGAGUGGCCAGCAGGGGGAGCUCGGGCUGGGAGUGGAUAUUCAGAGGGAUUACUUCAGCGCACGUUCCGCUUCUAGAAUCGUGUAAAAUCCCAGAGAGAGCCAGCUGCUCUAAAUGCAGCACCUGUUGCAAACUGCUUUGCUGCUGACUUUCUUCGCCUUGAAGUUGAAAAUGUGGCCAAGCAGACUACCAGCUGGAUGGAAGAAAUCACCUUUCCAGUCACAUUUUCUUAUAAAAAGAAAAGACAAAGCUGUCUUUGCAUUUAAAAACGGGUUUUAUAUGUCGACAAUGGCUUUUCUAAAGGUAAAUGAACGUGAUGUGUGUCUGUAGUCAAAUGCGCCUGUUUUCUUCCCAAGAAGUGGGAUGCAGUAGCUUAACCAAAACGUUUUUGUCUUAAAAUGAGACGAAUGUUUGAAAACCUUCAGAUUUUCACAUAUCAAUAGUAAAUAGUCAAUAUUUUAAUAAUUAAGCCUACUUAAAGAUAUAGUUUUGGGGUUUCGUUUUUAUUAUAAAAUUUCAUCAUUGGAAAAUACACAGUAUUAUAUGCUCAAAAUAAUCUCAUGCAUAUUGAUUCUUUGAUUUUUUUAUAGAUCAUAUAUUGUAUAUUAAGGGACAUUAUACGCUAUUAAUUAUACUCGGUGAGACGUUAACUCUUCUUACUACCAAUGAUGAAGCAAAUAGAUUUUACAAGGCAAUAAUCUUACCCUUUAGAGUAUGUCAGUACAUUAUGAUAACGUUGAGCUCCAGUUGCUCUAUCUCCUGGACCUUACAUUUCACAGCUGGUCCCGUUACUUUUGGUAUAUCAAUUUAUACCAGAGUUCUUACGAUGGUUUGUGCUCCAAAGAUUUCAAAUUAAAAUUCUCCCAGGCAUGAUAAUGAAUUUAUUUAAAUUAUAACAAGCUAGAUUUCAUUAUGAAGUUAAGCAUAACUGUGCUAUGAAGGAUCUUUUUCUUCAAAUUAGAAAGAAAAAAAUGUUCAGAUUUCUAAAAGGUGCUGAAUGUUUUUAAUUUCAUCUCAAUUUUCAUAAGCCUUCUCCCAGAAUGCUUGAGUAAAAUAUGCACAUUGCACUGUAAGGAGAUACGCCAGUUGGUUGCAGGUUCAGUCUUCUCAUACAAAUUCCUCACAAACUGCAGUGUCCGGUAGUUGGAAGAAAAGUUAUAUAAGGAAGCAUCCCUUGAAAACCUGUUAUAGGCCUAAAUAUUUCGUGGCAAUAUGCAAUUUGUUUGUUAUACAUGCAAAAAAAAUAAACAAACUGCAAAUACGGCAUGCAUCCAGUUGAAGAAAACGUGAGGAGCUUUCACAACGGUUUAUUUAAAUAUUAUAUAUGCAGUUGAAUGCAGACCAUGUAUUGGCAAUUGUAUUUUGCAGGAUGAAACAGAAAUGACCGAGUCCGCGUUUAGUGGGGAUGUCUGGGACUGUGGUUUAUGCAAAUCGGUCGACUUCUGAAUUUAGGUUUGCAGGCUGUACAUUAGGGAAUGGUCUAGCCGCAUGAAUGCACAAAACUGAAAACGAGACUGAUUUGAAUAAACAUUUGCACAACGUGUUGCAAUUCAAAGAACUCAUAUAGCCUACGUGGAUCGUUUUUAAAAGUCAUUAUUCCACAGUUCAUCUCAUUCCGCGUUUUAUUUAAACGCCAAAGAUAUCUAUCAGAAGCACUAAAUCAACAAUGAAGUCACCAUCGUCACCGUGAUUAGUCCGUGAUGAGCUCUACCAUAUAUCCAUCCAUCUUCCAACUGCUUACCCAGCAGGCCUGAAUAAUCACCAAAAGCCUGGAGUAGCUCCCAUGAAGGACGGGAUCGGAAGCAGAGUUACAGCACACCAAGGUGCACACACAUACUCACACACAAUGAAACGGCUUUCCUCCUGCUGUUAAAACAACUGAUGUCUCUAAAUUGUUAAUGAUGUGCAAUUAUGAAUGUGUAUGUAUAUACGGGCUCUGUGACGGACUUGCUGAUCACGCGUACCCCGACCAGGACUACUUACGAACAAAAGUCAGGUGUUAACUCCCGCAAAUCGAGUAUGUGAAAAAAGCAUAGUUUUAAACAAAAAAAUGUAAGAAUAUGAUGUUUAUCGUAACAUGUUUUAAAAAUCAAGCAUUUUAACGUUAUUUAAUAUAUACAAAAAUGUUACUGCUGGUCUUCAGUUUCUGAGAAAAUCGUUCCCUUUAAAAUCAAGCAAUCUGCGACUAUGGUGUAUAUAUGUAAUGGAAUUGUCUCAGAUGUUAUAUCCCGUUGUUUUGUAAUUUGUAAUAAGAACAUAAAUACAAUAAAAUUUAACAUUUUAUUUA